AGCCACCUUAAAUAUUGAAUCCAAAUGGAAGUGCCUGGAUUUGAUGUUGAUCGUGAUCCUCAACCCCAUGGUCAUAGAAGCCUGAUUCAAAGCUUGUUUGCUUUCUGUCCUUCACAGAAAGCAUUAACAACCUCUGCAACUCACAUAAACAUGGAGUCCUGGGAUGGAAACUCGUCAUCUUCUCAACAUCCCGAUUCAGGUAUUUUCUCCCACAGAUUAUCACCCAACACUCAAAUCCAUCUUUUCUCACCCAACCCCAGCAAUGAAGAUGAGGGCAGAGUGUGUCAAGCAAGCAUUGUGGUGGAUGAAAAGAGGCUGAGGAGAAUGAUAUCCAACAGGGAAUCUGCAAGGAGAUCCAGGAUGAGAAAGAAGCAGCAAAUCGAAGAGCUUCAAUCACAGGUUAAUCAACUUCAAACAAUUAAUGGUCAGCUUUCGCAAAAGUUGAUCAAUCUGUUGGAAAACAAUCAUGAGAUCCUCCAAGAAAAUGCUCAGCUCAAAGAGAAAGUUUCUACUCUACAUAUGGUGCUUUCUGACGUGUUUGCACCUCUCAGGAAUUCGGAUGAUUCCUCCUCCAUGAAACCUAAAUCAGCUUCUUAGAGAUGCUAACAUCUAAACUGGGGUGUGUUUAUACAUAUACAUAUAACAACUUGUGAGGUUAAAAUGGAUGAUGAACUAGUUUUGGAGCAGUCCUAUGGCUCUGGGUUGGUGCUUUUGUUAAUGUAACUUUAUGUAAAUAAAUCGUUACAGGCUUCAAUGGAUUACAUGAAUAAGACACACACACAUAUAUGUAUAUCAAAUAUACGUGUAAUGAACUUUUCAGAUGGCA